GGGGCCCCGCCGCGCCCGCCGCCGCCGCCCGCCUCCCCGCCCCUUCCCCAGCCGGCGCUCCCGUUACGCCGCGGAGCCGGGAGCCGGAGCCCGAGCCCGCGGCGGCGGCGGGAGGCGGCGAGGGGGCGCCGCGGCGGCGGCGGCGGUGGGGCCUGCGGGGCGGGCGGCCGGGCCCGGCCAGGCCGCGAUGGCGACCAAGAAGGCAGGCUCGCGGCUGGAGACGGAGAUCGAGCGCUGCCGCUCCGAGUGCCAGUGGGAGCGGAUCCCCGAGCUUGUCAAGCAGCUGUCGGCCAAGCUCAUCGCCAACGAUGACAUGGCAGAACUUCUCCUCGGGGAGUCGAAGCUGGAGCAGUACCUGAAGGAACACCCCCUGAGGCAGGGGGCCAGUCCCCGAGGCCCCAAGCCCCAGCUGACUGAGGUCCGCAAGCAUCUGACCGCCGCCCUGGACCGAGGGAACCUUAAGAAUUCCUACAAGAAUCCAAUCUGAUCAUGGCCAAGUUGAAUUAUGUGGAAGGUGAUUAUAAAGAAGCUCUGAACAUUUACGCCCGGGUGGGCCUGGACGACCUGCCACUGACAGCUGCCCCGCCCUAUAGGCUGCGGGUGAUCGCAGAAGCCUACGCUACCAAAGGACUUUGUUUGGAGAAGCUGCCUAUUUCUUCUUCUACCAGUAAUCUCCAUGUGGACCGGGAACAGGAUGUCAUCACCUGUUAUGAGAAAGCAGGGGACAUCGCACUCCUGUAUCUCCAAGAGAUAGAAAGGGUAAUACUUUCUAAUAUUCAAAACAGAAGCCCUAAGCCUGGCCCUGCUCCCCACGAUCAAGAACUAGGUUUUUUCCUAGAAACAGGACUUCAGAGAGCCCAUGUCCUCUAUUUCAAAAAUGGGAACUUGACAAGAGGAGUCGGAAGAUUUAGAGAGCUUCUCAGAGCAGUUGAAACGAGAACGACUCAAAACCUGCGAAUGACAAUAGCCAGGCAGCUGGCAGAGAUCUUGUUGCGGGGUAUGUGUGAGCAGAGCUACUGGAACCCUCUGGAGGAUCCACCGUGCCAGUCACCUCUGGAUGAUCCUCUCCGCAAAGGAGCGAACACAAAAACCUACACUCUCACUCGGAGAGCCCGUGUCUACUCAGGAGAGAACAUUUUUUGUCCUCAAGAAAAUACGGAAGAAGCCCUGUUGUUAUUGCUGAUUAGCGAAUCAAUGGCCAACCGGGAUGCUGUGCUGAGCAGGAUACCUGAACACAAGAGUGACCGCCUCAUCAGUCUGCAGAGCGCGUCUGUGGUCUAUGACUUACUUACCAUUGCUCUUGGAAGAAGAGGCCAGUAUGAGAUGCUGUCAGAGUGCCUAGAAAGAGCCAUGAAGUUUGCCUUUGAGGAGUUCCACCUGUGGUACCAGUUUGCUCUGUCCCUGAUGGCUGCUGGAAAAUCUGCCCGUGCCGUGAAGGUGCUGAAAGAGUGUAUCCGCCUGAAGCCAGACGACGCCACCAUCCCUCUCCUCGCUGCCAAGCUCUGCAUGGGCUCCCUGCACUGGUUGGAAGAGGCUGAAAAGUUUGCCAAAACUGUCGUUGAUGUGGGAGAGAAAACGUCAGAGUUCAAGGCCAAAGGCUACUUAGCUCUGGGGCUCACGUACAGUCUGCAGGCCACUGACGCUUCUUUGCGAGGGAUGCAGGAGGUCCUACAGAGAAAGGCGCUUCUUGCAUUUCAGAGGGCCCACAGCCUGUCACCCACAGAUCACCAAGCAGCUUUCUACCUGGCUCUGCAGCUUGCCAUCUCCAGACAGAUCCCAGAGGCUCUGGGGUAUGUCCGCCAAGCUCUUCAGCUUCAAGGUGACGAUGCCAACUCCCUGCACCUCCUUGCCCUCCUGCUGUCAGCACAGAAGCAUUACCAUGACGCUCUGAACAUCAUCGACAUGGCCCUGAGCGAAUACCCAGAAAAUUUCAUACUACUGUUUUCCAAAGUGAAGUUGCAGUCACUCUGCCGAGGCCCGGACGAGGCACUCCUGACUUGUAAGCACAUGCUGCAGAUAUGGAAAUCCUGCUACAACCUCACCAACCCCAGUGAUUCUGGACGUGGGAGCAGCCUCUUAGAUAGAACCAUUGCUGACAGACGACAGCUUAACACAAUUACUUUGCCAGACUUCAGCGAUCCCGAGACAGGCAACUCUCCAGAAGCAUACUUUCAUGGUUUUCCUUCCCUUUUUUCAGUUAGCUCCGUCCAUGCCACAUCAGUAGCAGCCUCAAGAGUGGAGCAGGCACUGUCAGAAGUGGCUUCGUCUCUGCAGAGCAGUGCCCCUAAGCAGGGCCCACUACACCCCUGGAUGACGCUGGCACAGAUCUGGCUCCAUGCAGCUGAAGUCUACAUCGGCAUCGGGAAGCCUGCAGAAGCCACAGCCUGUACCCAAGAAGCUGCCAACCUCUUCCCAAUGUCCCACAACGUCCUCUACAUGCGCGGCCAGAUUGCCGAGCUCCGGGGAAGCAUGGAUGAGGCGCGGCGGUGGUAUGAGGAGGCCUUAGCCAUCAGCCCCACCCACGUGAAGAGCAUGCAGCGACUGGCCCUGAUCCUUCACCAGCUGGGCCGCUACAGUCUGGCGGAGAAGAUCCUCCGGGACGCGGUGCAGGUGAACUCGACAGCCCACGAGGUCUGGAACGGGCUGGGCGAGGUCCUCCAAGCUCAGGGCAACGACGCGGCGGCCACAGAGUGCUUCCUGACAGCCUUGGAGCUGGAGGCCAGCAGCCCCGCCGUGCCCUUCACCAUCAUCCCCCGCGUGCUCUGAGCAGGCGCCUGCCAGCCUCACUUGCCGCUCAGGCCUCAGAGGCCCUGCCGGGCACCAGGGCUUGUCCCAUCGCCCCAAGGGGAUGAAUCUGCCGCACUGAGGCCAGGGACGAGUGUUCAGUGGGCCACAGUGAACCAACCAAACCAACCCCGAAUCAUCGCUCUCGCCACGUGCGUUUCUCUUGUUUUUUUGCCAGCCCAAUGAUAGUUUCUGAACCUAUUAACAUUGUUCAAAAUGGAUCAUGUGCCAUAUUUUGUUAGUUGACAUCUGAGUUUUCAGUAAAAUGAUUAUGGAAUUAAUCAGCAAAUGUAGAAGAAUAUAUUCAAAGUUAAAAUUCAGUGGCAGCACAGAUUAUUUUUAUCAGAGCUGUAAGGCAAACAACUGUCCUCUUCUCUCCACCACCCCUCCUGCCCCACCUUGGCCCAGAAACCAAAUGUGAACUUCCUGUUUCCCACCUCAGCACUAGUCCAUGCCAGGACACCAGCUGACAAUUUCUUGGUUUUACUGUCAAUAAUCGUACCAUGUGAUCAAUUACUGUCCUCACUUAGAACAAAGCCUGAGUCCGAGAAUAUUUAUAUUUUACCAAUAUAUGCCUGUUACAAGAGAAGGAAAUAUGAGUUAUUUAAGUUUAACUUUUUUAUGUGAAUUCAGAGUUUAUUUAUCGAGGGAAAUAUGUACAAAGAAGCUUCAAAUGGAAUAUUUACCGACAUUCCUUAUACAUGACAGACACUUGGCUACAUGGGAAGAUGAUGUUAAUAAUAAAAUGAUUUUUAAAUGGA